AUGCGUUCGACUACCUUGCUCUCUUGGCUCCUCAGUGCCUUCGUGGCCCUCAUCCUCCACACCACUAUCGCUUCCCAACAGCCUCGAAAAGGCCCGGUGGUAGUCUCCAAGGUCUACUUAGAUAUCACGCGUGGCGACAAGCCGUUAGGAAGGAUCGUGAUUGGGUUGUUCAAACGGACCCCCAAAACCAGUGAGAACUUCCGAGUUCUAGCUCUUGGGAAUACGAAAUCGGCUAGUGGGACUCCAUUGGCAUACAAAGGAUCGAGCUUCCACCGAAAUCAUCAAAAAUUUUAUUUCACGAAGGGUGAUGGAACCGGUGGCGAAUCGAUUUACGGCAGCAAAUUCAAAGACGAGAACUUUUUAUACAAACAUGAAGGUGCAGGGACGUUAUCGAUGGCCAACGCCGGUCCAGACACCAAUGGCUCUCAGUUUUUCCUAUGCACGGUCGUGACUUCCUGGCUAGAUGGAAAACAUGUGGUGUUUGGCAAGGUUAUCGAAGGCAUGGACGUUGUCUAUGAUAUCGAGUCAUCCAAGACUGAUGGAAGGGAUAGACCGAUCGAGAAGGUCACGAUCGCUGACUCUGGGGAGCUUGAGAUCGAGGAUGAAGUAGACGAGGAAGGGAACAAGUUCGGAGUCAAGGGCAACGGCAACCUACUAGCCUCAUCAUCCUCAUCCUCAUCAUAUAUUAAGACGAGUAGUCUGAAAGAAACCGUCACUUGGAGUCGCGAAGUCGAUUCCUUGUGAUCACCUUCUCAUCGCCAUCAGAACACCACAAACAUUAUAUACUUUGUUUAUCAAAUUUGUAUUUUUCUUUUCUUCUUUUUUUGUUAAUUUGAUGUGAUUUGGUCUGGA